UGUUCACAUUUAGUCUCUAUCUGUCAGUCAGGUACUGCGAAGCACUGCCCUCGCACAAAGAAAAUUUUUAUCUGAUUAGUAAAUUAUUACUUUGCUGUGGGAAAAAGUGCUUGCUAUAGAACUAUGACGACGGAGUCAGAGGAAACAAAAUACUCCUUUUGAAAUAAUAUUGGAAAAGAAUCUCAUGGCCCGAUGGCAUCGAGUUGGGGCCGAGCGCACGCAAUUAAAGCGGCGUUGUUGGUCGGAUUUAUCUUAGUAGUACUUCUGAAUUUCUUCAGUUAUCACUAUGAUGUCAAAUUUGACAAAUUAACUCAUAUAAAAGCACUAUCUCAUACAAGUUCUCCGUUGUUGUGGCCAAAGCGAACCCGUUCUAGUUCCGAAGUGACUAAUAUAACACAUACUCAAUCUGCAACUGCAAUUUCAACAAAUAUUUCAACGUCCACUGUUGAAGAUCCAAAACUUAUUAAUAUCAGUAAUAUAUCUAUAAACACAACUGCUCCUCAAAUUCUCAACGAAUCGCUUCCAAUGGGCUUGGAGCACUUUACACGAUCUCCUGAACAUCCUGUAACGGGAAGUACCAAGUUUAUCAAGAGCUUAAUGACCACUCUAGGUCUUAAUGCAUGUCCUUCAGUGCCACCAGAUUUAGAAGGACCAAUUGAGGUGAACAUAACAUCAGACACUAUUGGCAACAUUGAACGUUGGCUGGCGCCAAAAUUGAAACCUGGAGGUUGGUUCAGUCCAACAGAAUGCAAUGCAAAAGAUCAUGUAGCCAUUGUUGUUCCCUUUCGCGAUCGGGAACCCCAUUUACCAAUCUUCCUCAAGAAUCUCCAUCCUUUUCUACAGCGACAACAAAUAAACUACGGAAUAUUUAUUGUUGAACAAACAGUUGGAAAUUUAUUCAAUAGAGCUGCUCUCAUGAAUGUUGGCUUCAAGGAGGCCUCUAAGAUGUCUCAUUGGGAUUGCUUCAUCUUCCACGACGUUGACCUUUUGCCAAUGGAUGAUAGAAAUUUGUACGUAUGCCCAGAUCAACCGCGACACAUGUCAGUAGCAGUGGAUACUUUUGGAUUUAAGUUACCCUAUAGUACAAUUUUUGGUGGUGUGUCAGCUAUGACGACAAAGCAAUUUUCAGCUGUGAAUGGAUUUUCUAAUUCAUUUUGGGGCUGGGGCGGAGAGGACGAUGAUAUGUCAAAUCGAUUGAAGCACAUGGGGUUCCACAUAGCCAGAUACCCAAUCAAUAUAGCGCGAUAUACAAUGUUGACCCACAGAAAAGAAAAAGCUAAUCCAAAGCGCUAUGAAAAACUUGUCUCGGGAUCAAAACGCUUCGAGACGGAUGGUCUCAAUUCGUUAAAAUAUAUCAUUAAGGAUAUUCAAAAGAAGCCACUAUAUACAUGGAUUUUAGCGGAAAUACCAGAUGGUAGCUGAUAAGUGAUGAACUGGUUUUGGAAUUUAGGAUAGAUAUAAUUGCGUGAGACAGAAAGAAUCUCAUUACUAAUUUUCUAAAAAAAAAAAUUAGUUUAAAAUGAUAUUGAAAAUGUGUGAUAUAAAAUUAGCAGUUGGCAAAUAUUUUGAUCUGAUAAGGAAGAAACAGAUAAGAUCUGUAUUCAGUUGAUAUUACAAUACAUUGCUAUUUGUGAUUACGUAUAUUUAAAUUUUAAACUGAUUUGUAUAGCUCAUUUAUAAAUUAUUAUAUGUUUACACAUAUUGAGACAAAUUUAAGUUUCUCCAGACAACAAAUGCUUCCUUUUGAAAUUUUAUUAAUAAAAUAAGAAAAUUUUGAUAGGAAGAAGAAUCUCCAAAAACAAAUUAAAAAAUCAAAUAAAAUAGAAUGUAUAAAAGAUAUUUAUCUUCAUUAUUUGGAAGUACACUGUUUAUAUCUAUAAAA